UCCACUGAAGCCCAGAAGCUUCGAGAAAUAAACAGAUCCUCUCUAAAAUGGAGACUCCGUUCCAAAUAGCAAUUGUUGUCUCAUCUCUCUUCACCCUCAAUCAGGUGAGAUGUCGGCUUAUGAAAACGUUGUUGUUGGAAGGUUAAGACUAAAGGGCAAAGCUCUAGGUGUGAAAUCUAGUGGGAUGAAAAAGAAAAAGAAGCACAAGCAUCAGUAUGAUCUUGUGACUCAAGUGACAGAUGGAAACAACGCAUUGGCCAGAAACCAACUUGAGGACGAUAUAGAUGAGAGUUACCUUGACAGUGGGAGGAAAGAGCAAGGAACAAAGAAUGAUGAUCAUCUCACACCAGCAGAGAGGAAAUACCUUGAGCAUUGGGAGAAAAUUAAUAUCAAACGACUAGCAAAAGAAGCCACGAAAUCCCACCGCGAUAGAAUUCAAGAAUUUAAUCAGUACCUAGCUAAUCUUACUGAGCAUUAUGACAUUCCUAAGGUUGGUCCUGGUUAAGAUAAACCAGCCUUCGGAAACUCCAUCUUUUUCCUUCUGUCUAAUCAUCUUGUGCAUUCUAUGGACUUGUUGAAGUCUUGAAAUUAAGUCGAUUUGCGCUGUAUCUGGACAUUUCCGCUUGUUUCUGGGCUCGAUGCGUCUUUAAUUUAGAUAUGCCUAGCUUCUUAGAGAA